AUGGGUUGUUGUCAGUCAAGAAUAGAUAGAAAAGAGAUAGUGUCUCGUUGCAAAGCAAGGAAGAGAUACUUGAAACAUCUUGUUAAAGCUAGACAAACUCUCUCUGUAUCUCACGCGCUUUAUCUCCGUUCUCUACGCGCCACCGGCUCUUCUCUCCUCCACUUCUCCUCCAUUGAAACACCUCUUCACCUCCACCACCACAAUCUCCCUCCUCCUCCAUCACCACCACCACCUCCUCCUGCUCCGCCGCGUCCUCCUCCUCUAAGCCCUGGCUCUGAAACCACAUGGACUUCAACCACCGGUUCCUCCGUUCUUCCUCCUCCACCACCACCACCUCCUCCUCCUCCUCCUUCUUCUACAUGGGACUUUUGGGAUCCGUUUAUUCCACCUCCUCCUUCUUCCUCAGAAGAAGAAUGGGAAGAAGAAACAACCACCGCAACAGCCACCGGAACCGCCACAGCUUCAGACACAGCUGCCACGACGGCUCCGACGACAUCUACUCCUCCUCAAGCUUCGUCUGUAGUGAGUGGAUUCUCCAAAGAUACAAUGACGACGACGACUACUACAGGAAGCGAGUUAGCUGUUGUUGUGUCUAGAAACAGUAAAGAUCUGAUGGAGAUUAUUAAAGAAGUCGAUGAAUAUUUCAUCAAAGCUGCAGAUUCCGGUGCACCACUCUCUUCUCUUCUUGAAAUCUCCACUUCUAUCAAUUCUCCUCAUGCCAAAGGAGGGAAAAUGUACAGUAACUACGAAUGCAAUAUGAAUCCGACGGCGUUUUGGACAAGGGGAUUUGCUCCUAAGUUGAAUGAAUACAGAAACGCAGGAGGUGUAGUAGUUGGAGGAGGAGGCAAUUGCAUUGUUGGUUGCCAUUCUUCUACUGUUGAUAGACUCUAUGCUUGGGAGAAGAAGCUAUUUCAAGAAGUUAAGAAUGCAGAGAGCGUAAAGAUGGAGCAUGAGAAGAAAGUGGAGCAAGUGAGGAGGCUUGAGAUGAAGAGAGCUGAGUAUGUAAAGACCGAGAAAGCUAAGAAAGACGUCGAGAAGUUAGAAUCUCAGCUCACUGUGUCUUCGCAGGCCAUUCAAAGCGCUUCUAACGAAAUCAUCAAGCUCAGAGAGACCGAGCUCUAUCCUCAGCUCGUCGAGCUUGUUAAAGGGUUGAUGUGUAUGUGGAGGAGUAUGUAUGAGAGCCAUCAGGUUCAAACCCAUAUUGUUCAGCAGCUUAAGUACCUCAACACCAUUCCCUCCACUGAACCAACUUCAGAGCUUCACCGACAAUCAACUCUUCAGCUCGAACUCGAGAUCCAACAAUGGCAUCACUCUUUCUGCAACUUGGUCAAGGCGCAGCGUGACUACAUACAAUCUCUCACAGGUUGGCUCAGGUUAAGCUUGUUCCAGUUCAGCAAGAAUCCGCUCGUUAGGAGUAGCUACGAGUCAAAGAUAUACAGCUUCUGCGAGGAAUGGCAUUUGGCUAUUGACCGGAUCCCUGAUAAAGUAGCAUCUGAAGGUAUCAAGAGCUUUCUUACCGCAGUCCAUGGAAUCGUGGCUCAACAGGCCGACGAGCAUAAGCAAAAGAAGAGAUCGGAAUCCAUGUCAAAAGAUUUUGAGAAGAAAUCAGCUUCGCUGAGAGCGCUCGAGAGCAAGUACAGUCCCUACUCGGUGCCUGAGAGCAGGAAAAAGAACCCGGUGAUAGAGAAGAGAGCAAAAGUUGAGAUGCUAAAAGGAAAAGCAGAAGAAGAGAAAAGCAAGCAUGAGAAGUCAGUGAGUGUGACUAGAGCCAUGACUCUAAAUAACUUGCAGAUGGGAUUCCCACAUGUGUUUCAGGCAAUGGUUGGGUUUUCAAGUGUUUGUAUGCAAGCCUUUGAGUCUGUGUACAACCAAGCUAAGAGUAUCGGUGAGGAGCAAGAGGAGGUCAAGAGGUUGCUUCCUUAG